AUGGCUUCAGUAAUUGUCGUUGAUAAUGACUUGAAAGAUUCGAUCAAGGAGUACGCUCAGGUCCUUGAUGGUCUUAAUGGUUCCACUGAACUUACCACAAAAGUUGACUCAUUGUUGCCUAAAGAACAAGAUCAAGCCAUCUCCAAUAAACAAGAAUUAUCCACCAUACUUAAACAAGCUUCCACUGCCGAAACAUUGAAAAACUUGACUGAUAAAGAGUUUGAGCCAACCAUUUACUUAUUGAUCCAUAUCCUUACGGAGUUAGAGGGUACUGAUGCAGUAUUAAAUGAUGAAUCGUCUGCCAUUUAUAGAUUGAUUUUGGCCAUCAAUCCUCAACAACCAUUGUCGUUAAGGGAUAGAAAAUCAAUUAGAUCCACUUCAGUGUUGUCGAUUUUAAGUACAAUUUUCAAUUUGUUACCUAGCGGUUCCAAAACUAGGAUAUAUGUGAUUAAGGAAAUUUUAAAUGUGAUUCAAACUUCCAAUAUUGAAUUUAAUGCUAUUGAAGAUAACAUAUCGGAAAACUUGGUCAACUGGUUACAAGAAAGUAAUGCUUCAGAGAAUGAGACUAAACAAAUUUUCUGGGAUUUCAUUGCGUUGGAUACAGGAUACUCGUUAAAGUCAUUAAAUUUUAUUAAAUCAUUUACUCACAGUUUUGCCGUAUCCGAAUCGGAAGUGGAAAAAUUGACCAAGUUUGCAUUAUUAUCGAAAGUUGUUGACGUUUCAUUCUUGGUUAAUAACAAUGUUGCAUCGGCGUUGAAAAAUGGCGGCAGCAAAUUGACCCAAGUUUUUAGUCAAUACGUUAGGGGCCAAAUACUUUCAACAGAAGAUAUUUUGGCUGCUGAUUCAUCCUUGCCUUCCCAAUUCAUUCACCAAAAGUCGAGAAUCUUAAACUUGGCCAAGUUUUUUGCUAGCAAGUCAUUAUCAUCAGAACACGAUGAUAUUGUAUUUAAAUAUAGUGAAAUUGAAAUUGCAUCCGAUUCAGUCGAGUUGGAAGAGUUACUAGUUGAAGCAAUUAAAGCAGGUGUUUUGGAAGGGAAAAUCAAUCAAAUUGAAGAGACAUUCUACUUGACUAGAGUUAAUAGAUUUAUUUUGGCUGGUGAUGAGGAAGCUAAUGUUGAAAAUUGGAAUCUUGUUAAAAAGGCAUUACAACAAUGGUCAGAUUCAAUAACCAACAUUGAUGAUAUCGUUAGAGCUACUAGAGAGAAUCUUGUUAAUAGUAGUGCUAACUAA